AUGAUUAUUGAUAACGAAAAAUAAUAGAUACGAGACCUGUUUGCAAACGAUCAAAAGUAUGUAUAAAAUGAAAAAAAAUUACAAAAUGAUUUUGUUGUAUAAAUGCAAGUUGCAAAAUAUGAUUCUAAAAACAGAGAUGAUCCAUUAUUAAUACAUGCAGGUCUAAAUUUUAUAUUAUAACCUUAGGUCUUACUGAAUAGAAACAAUCUGUUUUUAUAAUAUAAGGAAAAUUAUAGACUGAUAAUAAUGUUAAAUCAAUUACUUAUUAUAUGAUCUCUUAAUUGUAGAAUUAAAAAAAUUAGUAACUAUUCCAUAAUAUUACUUAGAGAAUUUUUCAUUAUCUAUAUAAAUACAGAAUUGAAAACUUAUUUGAAUCUAUCAAAAUUUUAUUCAAUCUUUAAAGAAUUUCCUUGUGUUUAUUUUGAAAACUUAUAAAAAAUAUUCAUAUUGCAUGGAAAUAUUUUUAUAAAAUCAUGGUUUUGGUUUCAAAGUAGUGUUUAAAUAAAAAUAUUGAAAUCAAAAACCAUUUAUCUGGAAAAGUAUCUUUAUCAUAAAAUAAUAGAGUUGUAUAAUUACUAAAUUAUCAGUUUUUUAAAAAAUAACAAUUUGAGAAAAUGCCUGCAUAUUGUAAAGAUUCUUCUUAUCAAUAACUUUAAUAGGCAUUUAUUGGAAAUUAACAAUAAGAUAUUUGUUUCCAAUAAUGUCAAAAUUAACUAUAUGAUCUUGAAUUGGAUUAGUAUGAGUUUACAAACAAAGGAAUACCAAUUAUACUUGAUCUAUGCAUUACUAAAUUAUUAUAGGAUCCUUAAAACAUUCAACAAGAAGGAAUAUUUAGGUUAUGUUCUGCAUAAACUUAAGACAAACAGUUUGAAAAUUAUUUAAUAUAAAAAUAGUAUUCAGAAAUACUAGAUUUUGAGAAUGUCAUAGUUAUUGCGAAUUUUAUUAAGAGAGUUCUAGAUAAAUUAAAAUACUCAGUUGUUCCAUAUUAAUAUUAUAAUUAAAUAUAUUCAAUGAAACAAUAUUCUAUUGAAGAAGCCUAGGUAUUGAUUAAGUAAUUUCCAAAUUUGAAUAGAAACUUAUUUACUUUAAUUAUACUAAUGCUAUAAAAUGUGGCUUAAUAUUCUCAAAUUAAUAAAAUGGGUCCAAGUAAUUUAGCUAUUGUAUUUGGAAUAAGUUUAUGUAGACCAUAAUAAUAUGAUUAAGCUAAUGUUUAAGAAUAAUAUUUGAAGUAUCAUUUAAUAAAGUAUAUUUAGAAUUAAAAUUGUAAAUUAAUUUAUUUAAUUCAUAAUUGAAAAUGCUUCCUAAAUAUUUCCAAACUAGAAAAUAAGUGAUUUUUUACUUGAAACUGGAGUUGAGUAAAAUGAUUAUUAAUAAGAGGAAAUAUAAUAAUAAUGA